GCCAGAGCAAUGAAGGCGUGCUGAGUUAUGUCCGGACAGACGGCGGUUUCUCUCUCCGUUGCUCCUGGCAACAGCGGCGCUCAGAAGCCUUUGCCUUUAGUUUUGAAGAAGAUCAUGGACAUCCUUCCGCCUAAUAUACUCGACGACGGAGAUGAUGAGAUAGAGAAGGAGAAGCUGGGCUCCGUCAGUGACGGGGAGGCUUGUGGAGAUGGAGGCGGCGGCGGCGGAUCUGGCGGCAGCGCGGGCGGAGUUUCAGCCUCGCUCACUCCCACAAUCUGGGACAAGACCAUCCCGUACGACGGCGAGAACUUCCACCUGGAGUACAUGGACCUGGACGAGUUCCUGCUGGAGAACCAAAUUCCUGCAGCUCUGGAGGAGGAGCUGCACAAGAGCCUGGAGCAGGAGGCUCAGGGUUCCCCCGCGGUCCCAGAAGUCUCUGCGGUCGUCCCGCAGCCGCCCAAGGAAACGGAAAAAGCCGCAGAAGCGCAGAAGAUUAAAGGAGAAGACAAGGGGUGUGAGAGUGAGCUGCAGGUGACCGAGAAUGCCACAGAGCCCAACGUUAAACCCGAGCGCGCCACGCCAUCUCCUGUCAACCCGGAGGAGAUCGAGGUGAGCGUAAACUUCCAGCCGGACCCAGCGGACCUGGUGCUGUCCAGCAUUCCAGGAGGAGAGCUGUUCAACCCGCGCAAACACCGCUUCACCGAGGACGAGCUCAAACCGCAGCCUAUGAUCAAGAAGGCCAAGAAGGUGUUCAUUCCCGAGGACGCCAAGGAUGAGAAGUACUGGUCGAGGAGGAAGAAGAACAACCUGGCGGCGAAGCGUUCCCGGGACGCGCGGCGCCUAAAGGAGAACCAGAUCGCCGUGCGAGCCAGCUUCCUGGAGCGGGAAAACGCGGCACUGCGGCAGGAAGUGGCCGAGCUCAGGAAGAACUGCAGCCGCUGCAAGAAGAUCAUGGCUCUCUACGAGGCCAAGUACGGCCCUCUGUAAGGACAGAUCUCACCAAGACACACGGCAGGUUAUCAGCUCCCGACACAGCCACUAUCUGUCUAACUAUCUGUCACACAGGAAUCAUGGGUAACUUCAGGAGGCGUACCGGGGCGGGGACGGUGAUCUCAAGAGCCACUUGUUCGUGUUUAUUGUAAAAAAACAAAACACACACACACACACACACACGAGGUGAUUGACGAGUGGAGCUGCAAACACUGCCGUUGAGUUUCGUCUCGAAACAUGUUGCUCAUCGAAGCCCUCCUUCAUCCAGAUCAGCGUUCUCGUUUCACUUUUCAGACAGCAGAAGUCGUUGCGUUAAAUCUUCACAAGAACAUGAGGCACAGCUAAUAACGAGCGACCAGACCAACCCAAAGUGACACUUUAAACCCCGAUAGCGUUUUCUGAUUGACCCUGACGUACAGAAAUUCCUGAGAACCUCGGUGUUCCGUGCUAAAGCGGAGGAGAUAUUAAACCGAGUAGAGCUUUACACUGGAAAGCUCUGCGUUUUCCUCACGUUGCUCUUAAUAUGACUCACAACAGGUUAUGACAGGUAGCUAACGUUAACCAGGUUGACAAAAUAACCCCGGGGGUAAUUCUCGUUAACUUUUUUUUUUUACUUUUUGAGCUCCUCCUCCUGAAGGUGAGCUCGUUUUGUCUUUGUCUUGUCGUGACCCACUUUUAGAGUUUAUUGCUGAGCUGAUAGUGUUAGUCACCAUGCUGUUACAUCCCACGCAUCACCUGAUGACUUAUAAUAUCUGUUAUUUCAGUUUCUGGUUCUUAUUGGACUCUUUUUUUUUUUUUUUUUGGUGUUUCUUCGCGCGUACACGAGAAGACAAGGACUAACGAGAGCUCGGAGACGUUCCGUGUCCUUUUCUUUCUCCUCUGGAGUGAAGCUCAUGCUCCAGCGUGACCUGAUGGUGGCGUGUGAGGAGCUGAUUGAUUGAUUCGAUCGAUUUUUUCGGAGUGCGUGGGUGAUAACUGACCUCCAGCUUCUUCCCUUUUCAUCCUCACCGUGCGUUUUUGGUUCUGUAAGAUAAGAAAAGCCAGCUGUUGUUGGGUUUUUUUUUUUUACGCACUUCUCCACACGCGGGCAGCUCGACAGGCAGCGGUGUUUUCUCAGACUAAGGCAGGGACUGUUAUUCUUACUGACGACUGCAGUCUUUAUCCAACAGCGUCUUCUUUUCCACUUCCUCCACACCGCCACUGUUAAACAAGAAACGGGACAUGAUUUAUCAAACGUUUUGCAUGAAAUCUUUGUAAAUACGCCAGUCCUCGAAAUUCUCUUCUUCCAUCACCUUUACGCAAUUAAUUCUACAUCACCACAGUGAAUAAUUAAUCAGCUUCGAACUGAUGUCUGUUGUUCUGCGUCUUGUUAGUGAUGUGUAGAAUAACACUGAUGAUAUAUCUGAUAAACCAGACUCUGUAUUUAAUUUAUAGCUGUAUAAUGUAUAUGUGAUGAAGAGUAUAAUCGAGGUGUUGUGCAGGGAUUUUUUUUUUUCAUCAUAAACCGUGACCAGUGCAAUGGACUUUUUAUGUUUUUAACGAGGGCAAUACAGUCAGAGUAAUUCAUAUUUACUUCUGAUCUCGGACAGUUAUUAGGAAGAGUUAUGGUUUUUAAAGGGGGGAUAAUUAGGUUCUCCAAUAGGGGGCGCUGUGGGGAUGUACAGACCAAUCAGCUCAGGACGAGAGAGAGAGAGAGAGAGUGCAAUAACAAUGGAGUCUAUUAAAAAAAAAGAAAAAUUAUUGAUUAGGUAAAAUAAACUCCAUGUUAGUUAUUGAUUGAUUUUCUGAAGCUGGACCCCAAAUGGCUUUUCUACUUCCUCAUUCAUAGUGCACUGAGAGAGAGAGAGAGAGAGAGAAAACUGUGUGCUUGGUCAAAAGUAUGUGAACACACGACCAUCUCACUCGUAGUCAAAAUUAUGUUAACACUUAAAUAGUAGAAACCAAUCGGCUCUAUAGCGGAAGUUCAUCAAUGGCGUACUGCUGCGCCAUCUGUAAGUAGACGUCUGACGUCGCCGUCGGGGUGUCACAAAAGCAGGGCCCAGUUACGCCAGCAGCGAUCACGGCGCACCACACAUUCAGGAGAAAAAAUAAUCCAUUAGUGUUAACAUCAUUUUGACUGACCCUGUAUUACAUUACAUUACUUUCCAGGCAUUUAUCAGACGCUCUUAUCCAGAGCGAUGUACAUCAAACCCAGAGCAGCCUGGGGAGCAGUUGCGGGUUGCUCAAGGGCACUUCAGCCAUUUCUGCUUGUCCAGGGAAUCAAUCUGGUGACCUUUUGGUCUUGCUUCUCUAACCAUUAGGCCAUGACUUUUAUAUACAGUCCUGUUACCACACAAAGUUAGAAGCACACAAUUCUACACAGCGUCUUUGGAUUACAAUCCACCAGCUGUUCUGGUAUUAUCGUAAACAUCAAGUGAACUGAUAGAAUCGCCCUCGAAUAUGUCCUGGAUACCACCAAAAGGAGAAACCUUGCAGAAAUACUCCUAGGAAGACAGUGAUGCACCCCCCGGGCACUGGCUUCGAAGACCAACUGAAUAGAUAGUUUUCACAUGACGUCACAGAGUCGGGGAUUCCCUAGUGGCGGCCAUCUUGCGGGUCAAGCUUACCGUACGGGUCACUGAGCACACAUUGUAACGCGCGAGUACAAAGUCUUCAAAAGAACCCAAGCAGGCUAUUUAAAGCUAGCAAUGGUGCACACCUGUUGUAUUUACGGCUGUCGUAAUAGGUCAGAUGAUGACGUCAAGCAGAGCUUUUAUGGAAUUCCCACUGUACGGGAGCACGAAGGCGAGCAAACAAACUCAGCAUACAAAGGAGAAAUCUAUGGCUUGCGAGAAUCAACCGCAAGGAUUAUCAGCCUUCCAAACACAGCAAAGUCUGCUCCGAUCAUUUUAUAAGUGGUAAGUUGUUUAAAUAAACAAUCAAUUGUGUUUAAGUUUGUUUUUGGAAACCAAAACAUCAUGUGAACUAUCUCUGUAGAAUGCCUAACUGGAACCACUGAGUGUACGUUUACAUUGUAAUGUACACUUAAUAUCGCUCGUUUGUCACGUUUCUAUUUGAAACUUGUCGCUUCACUCAUGCAAGGGUAAUUUUUGAAAAACAUUUUAGGUCUAUUCUGUAUGAUUUGAUUUGUGUUUGGGAUGCAAACAGCGCGCCUUUUGGCGGAUGCCGCCUGAAUCGCGCAGAUCCGAUUUUUUUUAGGGGGGGCGUUGGAGUGUCUGAUUAUAAUUUCAAAGUAAAUUCUGUAUUAAAAUUACUAAAUAAGCAAAUCCGUUACAGUCCAUGAAACAGGAAGUAUAAGGAUGAGAAAAAAACAGUUUAAAUCGGAAAGCUGCGCACAUUUGCGCAGCCCGAGCGGUGUGCAGGACUGCGCAAAUGUGAUUUUAAUACAGAAUUUACUUUGAAAUUAUAAUCAG